UUUAAAAUAAAAAAUAUUGUAUAAAAAAGUUAGAAAUCAUAAAAUAUUUUUCUUAUAAUUUAUUUUGUAUUUAAUAUAAAUUUUUUAUAAAUGUUUCUAUUCAUAUUUCUCAUUUUGAUUUCUAACCAAUAUCGCUAUCCGUUCAGCAUCCAUGCUAAAGAAGCAGAAGUCUAUUACGAUGAUUUGAACAAGUUAAUAAAUGAAUUUGUGUUGAAUAAAGUUUUAAAUGAAAUUUAUUACGAGACCGACGAAGGAAGUGUAAAAAUGUCGCUCAUGAAAGAUGAUUGUCAGCCAAUGUUGAAAGAAAGUAUUUUGCAAUGCAUAAAUUGUGUGCAUAAUACUUGCCAAAAUAGAGUUGAAGAGUGUCAUAUAAUUUCGAGCAUCAAGGGUAGUUACAAAAAUACAGAUGUCGCCGCUAACGAGGUUGAAAAAACUAACACCAACCGUCAACUCGAUUCAACUAAAAGCCAAAUCAAAUAUCCGCAUUCACGUGUACCAUCUCAUCAUUUUAAAGCACCCGAACAAGUUAUUAAAAGUACUCGAUGUAAGAGAGGACUUUUAGAUAUCUUUCAAACUGGGUGGGAGGCGGUUAAAAAUACCACUUUACGUAUAUUCAUGGGUUCUGAAAAAGUUUCCGAGGGAGUUUCAAAAAUUGGAGACGGUAUAAAAGAGGACUAUUUGACACCCGCCUUUGAUGCGAUCAAAAAAAUGAUGGCUCAGUCUAAGGCAGAAGGUGGCAAACUGAUGAAUAACUCAGUGGAACUUUUAAAGAGCUACGAAAUGUGCAGGGGAAUUCAGGAUUGCUACGAAAAAUUACUAUUACUUCUCAAGGAAUCGGAAGAAAGGGUAAGUGAUUUUAUCAUAAGUAAAUCUCUUUUGAAAAAUAAUGGAGGUAGUCCAAAAGUUGCUGAGAUGUCUAUUUCAACAAUAGGAGAAACGCUAGAACUUGCUACUAGGUUUUUAGAUACCUGGACCAAUUGUGAGGGCUUAGAAAAUUGUCAGAAAAGUUUACAAAGUAUAUUUGUACCCGUAAAUUCGAAUGAACGCCCGGCGACUGAUCCCAAUGAUUUUUUGCAAGAUGUCAAGAAGUCUGUUAUCGAAAUAACUGCCAUAGCUUUUGAAACAGAGUUAGGAAAAAAUAUAAAGAACGUUUUAAAAGAGUGGUACAACAAUACGCGCAGUUUCAUCCCCCUCUUCAACCCGGUAAAUGAAGUACCGCAAACAAAAGAUUUAAACACAAUUUUUAAAGGUGUAGAUGAAGUUUGGUCCGAUAAUUUCGUUGACGCCCCGAAAUCUCUUGAUAAUGAAGGCUACCGCCACUCUGAAACCUUAAAUACCGCCGAAGAUUCUUACGAAAAAGUCAAGAAGAAUAACCCUUCAGAUUAUAAUUCCAACUUUCAGGACUUACAUUCACCAUACAAUAUAAAAAGAUUCCGUAGAUCAACUUCAAAGAGAAAUUCAUCAUCUGUAAACUCCGAUAAAUUUGAUCUCGCGGAAAAUCGAUUAAAAGUUUGUUUAAACGUGGACAAGGAGGAUUACUCAAAGAAAUGCAAUUACAUUUUAGGGGAAUGUAAAACGUGCGAAAUUUUGAACAAGAAUUGUUACGAAAAAUCUUUAAUGUUGGACCAAUUACUAUACAAAAAUGGUUUGCUAAACAGAAUGGGAUGGCCGGUGUUCGCUGUGAAAAACAUCACAAUCAUUGAUCAAACAAGACCGCAAAAUUAUGAAAAUGAAAGACUUUUCAAUUCUCCGCGGCUAUAUAUGAAAUUUCAAAUUAUGGGCUAUAAUGACCAAAUUCAAAGCUCCCUAGAUGUCCAGAGAUUUGACAAUAUAAUGGAUCUAGCGCACGAACUUGCGUCACAAAUAUGGCAGAAUUUUCAGGAUAAAUAUGGUUCUCUAGCUCUAUAAAUCAAUAGAUUAUUUUCCUCCUGAAUCAAUAUUUGUCAAAAUUAAUUUAUUUUUAUUAUAUAUUUUUUUAAAUUUUCUUACAUUAUAAUAAAAACAUAGCAAUUACCCUGUGUCAGAUUAUAAAAUAUCCAAAUUUCAUAGCAUUUUUAAUAUUUAAAAACAUAUAUAAUAUAUUCACAUAUCCCGGCGCAUAACCAAGGGGCGCGGGGUAAUCCCCCUCUCCCCAAAUAAUAUAUAUAAUAUAUCCUAUAAGGAAGAAUUUUGAAAGAAAAAUUAUUAAAAGUUAAUAACUUUAUAAAAUAGAGAUUAUAAUUCAAAUUUUUUUAGUAAAAAGCACUUUUAUAUAUUAAAAAAUGAAAACCCAAAAUUAUUUUCAUAUA